AUGGUUCCAUGCAUUGUCAACCAUAGUUUCCCACCCAAACUCACGUGCAUUAUCAACUGCACUAGUCUGCGACAACAUUGCAUGCUCAACACAGUUGGGUCUACCGGUAUUAGUGAUGAAGCUACCUGCGCGCCGCGUGAGAAGAGUCUCCGCCAGUAUAUCGAUAUUGAGGAUAACAGUUCCUCCAGUGAAGAAUCGUCCUUGUCGUCCGACGAUUACAACAACAUUGACAACAACAUUGACAACAACAUCGACAACAACAUCGACAACAACAUUGACAACAACAAUAACAACAAAGAUAUGUCAAUGCCCACUUUUGAUCAAAACAUUGAAGACGCUUCUGAAAUUGAUUUAGCCGAGCAGAUGCGCAAACUAGAUGUCCAAACCACACCAAUCAUGGGACAUUCUACACCCCGCAAUGAGCUUUCGUUUGAUCAUUCAGUAGGGAUCGGCCGCCCUAUGCGUCAAAUCAACACUAUCGAACCAAUGGAAAUUUUACAACGUAUUCCAACAAAUUUUCAUAAACAACCUGUUCUUUCAGAUCUCAACUCUGUUAGUCCACAACAAAACCCUGAAGAUUACAAUCUUGAUUCCGUCAGCAUGAGUGUUGACGAUGAGCUGUCCACAUCAGCUAAACCCCCUGAAGCUAAUAUUCUUGAUGCUUCUAUUACUCGUGACCCUAAUGAGAUGGAUAUAAGUAUGAAGUCCACCACUCUGGACUCUGAUGAGAUGGAAAUAAGUAUCAACGCUAUUCACAUUAACACCACCGAUGAUUACAUUGCAACAACACCUCCACACAACAACUUUACUGGUAAAUCAUUUAUUGCUGCUACUCAAGAAGACAUCAACACUAAAGAUCCUUUAGUGCUCAACAAAAUUAUUUUGCCCGCUUAUCUUCAAUUCCCAGAUCAACAAAUUUUUACACCUGCCCUAGUGGAUUCUGGCGCUCCCGCACUUUUUGUCAAACUGGAAACAAUCCAAAAAGCCAAUCUGGAUCACCUCUGUCAACCUUGCAUCAAGCAACGGUUAGCCAACACUGCAAUUGGUCCUGAAACUUCACGUCUUACUCACAAAAUUUUGCUUACUAUUGUUAUUGGUGACAUUUCUGUUACUGAUAUGUUUUUUGUGUUGAACUGUGACACGGGAAAUUGGGAGUCUGAUACUUUUAACAACAUUGAGUCUAUCACACCAUCCGAGCUUUAUGCUAACAAAGUUCAAUUCGGUCGUCUUGCAAAAUCUAAGGAUAAUUCCUUAGGUGUUUGUGUCAUCAGAAUGGAAAACGAACCUGGAGGGGAGGAAGGAGUAUUACCAAAACAAUUUUCGGAAUUUAGUGAUGUCGUAACAAACGACCCACCGGAUAAACUACCACCACAAAAAGAUAUCUCACAUCGAAUUGAUACCAUUCCCACAGCAAAAAUCCCAGCAAAGCCACCAUAUCGUCUUUCACAACAAGAGAAUAAAAUUCUUACAACAGAAAUCGAAAAACUCAUCAAAACUGAAUUUAUUCGCCCAUCGUAA